CACGCCAUCUAGCGAGGCAUCGGGCACAGCGCUCUCUUACGCGGGUGCUGUGGGUCCCGCGGCGUCUCCUGGCGGCCCUGAGGUCGCCGCUCUGGCCGCUCUGGCCCGCCUGGCGUUGGGUGGGCGGCAGGUCUGCGCCCACAUGAGCCAGCGGCAUUACGGCCGCAAUGGUCGUGGUCGGGGCCGGGACUUCGCCGGCCGUGCCCCACCCAAGAAGAAGGUCAAAAACCACGUCCCGGAGAGGUGGAAAGACUAUCUCCCAGUUGGACAGCGGAUGCCUGGGACUCGGUUCAUUGCUUUCAAAGUUCCUUUGCAAAAGAAAUUUGAAGCAAAGCUUAUGCCAGAAGAAUGCUUCUCUCCUUUGGAUCUUUUUCAUAAAAUUCACGAACAAAAUGAAGAACUUGGAUUGAUAAUUGAUUUAACAUAUACUCAGCGCUAUUAUAAAGCAGAGGAUUUGCCAGAAACUAUUUCUUACAUAAAAAUUCUUACAGUUGGCCAUCAGGUACCCAGUAAUGACACUAUUUUUAAGUUCAAGUGUGCAGUUAAAGAGUUUUUAAAGAAAAAUAAAGACAAUGACAAACUUAUUGGUGUCCAUUGCACCCAUGGCUUAAACAGGACUGGCUAUCUCAUUUGCAGAUAUUUGAUUGAUGUAGAAGGCAUGAGGCCAGAUGAUGCAAUUGAAUUGUUCAACAGGUGCCGGGGGCACUGCAUCGAACGGCAGAACUACAUUGAAAACCUGCAGACCCGCCGGGUCAGAAAGAACCGGAAUGUUAGCAGCACAUCUAGGUCACGUGGUCUUGAAGACUCAGCACAUCUUAUGGAACACGUCCACAGCACUAACAAGCCUGUGAACCAAGGACCUCGGAACAACUGGCCUGGUGGCCGUCCACCGCCUCCCCGGCAUUUUCAUACCCAGACCUCACAGCAGUCAUUCAGAAAAUUUUCACAAAACCAGAGUGUUUACCAGAGAGGCCUUAUCCCUCCUCCUGGUCCGCCUGGAGAGGACUAUUCACAAAGAAGAUUCUUCUGGAACGUGAAGCCAAACAGCAGUCAAGCAACCCAGAAUAAGAAGUGGACUUCUGCUAGUUACCAGAGACCUUUCUACCCAGCCUACUGGGGAUGGACCCAGUGAAGCCCACCCACCUGGCUGGGCUGUUCUAGGGCCACCUGAGAUCAGAGCUGGACAGAAGACAGCUGGAUGGAUUUUAAUAAAAUCAGGUCAAAAGAAUUAAACAAAUUUUUUAAACAUUU